UUGAAAACAUAGUUUAUUAUUCAACAAGUUUUCUCCUUUUUUAUUCAUCUACUUUAGUUUAAAAAAAAGGUAUGAUUUAUUUUAUAAAGCCUUUUCCAGUCUCCUGUUGGUGUUAUUACCCAGAUGCUUAAUACUUAUUCAUAUUUAUUAUUUUUAUAGGUAUUAUGGCCCCCCAAAAAAAGUUGCUUGUAUUUAAUGGAAAGUUUAAAAAACAUUUAGUUGAUAGCUUUCAAUUGUCUGCUGAUACAAAUAAUGAGUGUAGAAACGGACAUAUACUUUUUGUAUUUAUUGACAAUGGUGAAUUGUAUACCAAAACCGUUGAAAAAGUCAAUAAAUAUUUUGGCUUUAACACAAUUGCAAGUAAUAUUCAAAGUCUUGUGAAUAUAGCUAAAAAACUGGCUGUCAACUACAAAAGAGAUUCUAAACGUUUCUUUGCUUUUUGCAAUGAACCCUUUGCUUUCCAUAAACCUGCCUUGACAACCAGACAGUCAUUACAGCCUACCCCUAGUAGUAAUGUUUAUAUUCUCUCGUGUUCUUCAGUUGCAACAUCAAAACACAUCGACAUAUUAUCUCCAAUUAUUAGUGAACCUUUAGCUUCUACAAGCAAAACUUUAAACUUGGAAAGUAAGCCUACUUCAAGAGAAAAACUUACCACAGAGAAAAAAAUAUUUAAAAAAAGGUUGUCAGACUUAUCUUCAAUGCUUGCUAGUUCUUCUAGAAAUUACCGAAAUAAGAUAGUUUUAGUGAAAGCAAAAUUAAAGAGUAUGCCAUAUAAAUUAAAAGUUUUUAGACAAAGUGUUAAAAGAAAAGAAGAAAUCAUAAAAGCUUUAAGAGCAGAAGUUAGAGACCUAAAACAAAAAUUGCAAACAUAUUACUACAGUAGGCGUAUUCGCAAUCUUAUAACUACAAUAAAGGCAAGAAAAAUUAAAGAGAGAGAAAAGUUAAGGCAGGUAAUGCUCACGCAUAAUAUUUCUAUUAGAGAAAACAAAAUUUCAAUUGCUAGAUUAGAAAAUGAUAUGACCCAAAUGAAGGAGGGUGAUAGUACAGUUGGAUUUAUGUCAGGUGGUGGUAAGACUUAUACAUUACAAAUUAGGAUGAUAAUUUAUAGCAUGUUAUUAUCUAAUGUUCCAACAGGUAACAUUCCAUUUCUAUUUGAGAAAAUUGUACAAUAUUUUGGUGUUGAAUGUUUGCAAAUUCCGCAGCGUAGUACUGUUGAGCAAAUGGCUCGUGAGCUUGGCAGUAUAUCAGACCUGCAAGCAGCAGAGUGGGCUAUCAGUAAUAAUAAUCUUACUCUUGGUUUUGAUGCGACCACACAAGAAGGUGUUCAUGUUAACAGUGUUCACCUAACAUCAAAGAAUAAAUGUCAGGUCAUUGCUCUGGACCAAAUGCCUGGAGGGACGGCUGAUGAUUAUGAAAAACAUAUAUGUAUGGCAGUUGAUCAUAUGGCUUCAGUUUAUUCAGAUUUUCAUUUACUUUCUUUUGACAAAUGUCGUAAUUUGAUCAUCUCAAAUAUAUCAAACACAAUGUCAGACAGAGUAGCAGUAAACCAUCUAACCGUAACCAAAGUUUGUGAAGCCUGGGGGAAAAAUCUGAAUGAACUAAAUUGCCACUUGCACCCUCUUGACACAAUUGCCACUGAAUGUCGUUCAGCAUUAAAGUCUUUAGAAUCUGAAACUUGUGAAUUAUUUGGAAAUGAUUGCAUGGCAGUUAAAAUUGUUUUGGCCAUGAACAAAAUGAGGUUCAAAGAUGUCAAAGGUGAUCCUCAAGGGUUUGUUAAUUUUUUAGACAAUAACAAACUACCACGAUGUAUUAUUCCAAGAUAUCGAGGAAACCGUCUUCAUAUUCUUUUCCAUACAUGUUUUAUUUUUAUAAAACACUAUGCUGAUUUUCUACGUUUUCUGACUACUGGAACAGUAAAAUGCGGUACUUUGCAAUUAGUUUUGCGAACAGCAUUUUGUAAUGCAACUGCAUUAAAACAAAUGUGUGUACUUGGAAUGUUUGGAAAACUUCUCACUGGACCUUGGAUGACAAAGUUUUAUGUCUCAGCUGUGGAUGCAAGUUUUGAUCAUGCCACUGGUAUCCAAGUAGUAAAGAAUAUUUUAACAACACUAAAAGAUUGCGAAUCUAAUCCAGCUGAGCUGUUUUGUAGAACAAAAGAUUUUUUGGGGGAACCGCUUUUACCAAAUAUUUUAGAACCAAUUACAACUUUAUGUGCCAUUGAUGACCAGAUAAUGAAGAUGAUUUCUGCUUGUCUUAAGGCAGUGCAGGAUGUCUUAAUUCGACAAUAUAAAAGGUACUUUUCUCUUUCUAUUACAGCAAUACUCAAGGAGGAGACAGCUAGUGCAAGACUUCACAAUAUUGAUAGUGAAGAAUUAAUAGGUAUGUUUAGCGAAGCUAAAGGAAGAUCCCCACAUGCAACAAUUUGUUAUAUAUCUUGUAAAUUAAGAUCAAAAAAGAAUAAGACUAUAGAUUAUCUAGAAAGUCUAGACCCAAUAUACAGAGAAAAUGUAGUUAAGUGGUCUAUUAAUGCAAGUCGUAAAAAAAGAAUAACAAAUCGACUAGGCCAUGCUGCUUUACGAGCAGAGAUUUCAAAAAGACAGGCAUGCAAAAGACAAAAAAUGGAUGAAAAAGAAAAAAGAAAGCUGGAGCGAGAUUUACGUGUGCAAUCUUUUAAUGAUAUGAAGGAUUUAUAUAAGCACUUGUCUAUCAAGCAACUUUCUGACUUAAAUGAUGUAAUGUCUGAAAGAAUUGUUGGAAGAGAACUUUGCCAUGAAUGGUUUGAUGCAGAUAAUAGCAAGUCUGUCAUGUAUGAUGGGCGAGUAGAAAAAGUAAAUAGAAGAAAAGACGACAAAAUAUUUACUAUUUCUUACUGGAAAAAUGAAGAUACCGAUUCAGAAGUUGUUGACUAUUGUAUGAAAAAGUUCCAACUUGCAGCUGAUGUUAUAUCAGGAGAGUUGAUAUUUUCAUAAAUUGACUAUGUAGUUUUAAAUGUUCCCAUAUGAUGAACUGUAAUAAUAUUAGUUUUAUGGUAUAAGUAUUUAUUAUAUAUAAAUAAAGAUAAAUGAUUUGUAAAUGUAUAUUAUUUGCAUAUGUACCGCAAGUGGUGUGACAUGCAAAAUAGGUACAGCAAAUGGUGUGAUUUGCAAAAUAGGUACAGCAAGUGGUGUGACUUGCAAAAUAGGUACAGCAAGUGGUGUGACUUGCAAAAUAGGUACCGCAAGUGGUGUGACUUGCAAAAUAGGUACAGCAAGUGGUGUGACUUGCAAAAUAGGUACAGCAAGUGGUGUGACUUGCAAAAUAGGUACAGCAAGUGGUGUGACUUGCAAAAAGGUACCUGCAAGUGGUGUGACUUGCAAAUUAGGUGCUGCAGGUGGUGUGACUUGCAAAAAGGCACUAAGUCCUUCCAGGUUAGCCUGCACAUGUCAACUUUUUUAUUCCUUAGUUAGUUUUCACAUGUAUUACACUGUUUAAAAAGUUGUUUGAGUAAAUAUAGAAUAGAUUUUUUUUGAAAUGAAAUUUAGUGUAUAGUCCUUCACAUUACAAAAUGUUUUAAUUUUUUAAAGUAUUUAUACAAAAUAUUGGACUUUUUUUUUUUUUAAAAGGUUUUUUAUUAACAAAAAAAUAAAAAUAAUGUGAAAAUUUAAAGAACCAAAAGUAGAAAGUGACGUGUCAUGCUGAUUUGGCAUGGAAUGACUAAACUGCAAGUGGUUUAACAUUUUUUUGAUAGACGGCUCUGGCUUACGUUCUCGUCGUGUCUAUCGUUAACAAUGAUUAUUAUUAAAUUUCAUUAUUGAAAUUUAAAUUUUUAAUCAUUUACUAAAAGCCAAGACAAAUUAAUUACGUUUUUUUUUCAAAACAAUAUUGAGUUUUUCUUUUUCUUUUAGAUUAAAGUGGGAGGUGGUUACAAUGCUCCAUUUACUAAAAAUAUGGAUACUUUGAUGCAUCUUGUAAUAUAAUUGGAGAGGCGGGGAGGGGGUGAUGAUCUUGCUACCAGAUCAUUUGGCAAUGAUCUGGUAGCAAGUUAUAACAAUUUCUUGUAUAUAAAAAUUACAAAUUUCAUUAAAA